AUGUUUGGACAACUGUCCUGUCUCACACGGAGAAGCACGCGCACACAGGCAGCUGACCUGGUUAUCCAGCUGUCCUCCACUCCAAAGGCCAAACCGGAUGUGUCCAACUUCAGGACCGUCUUCACUGACCACAUGCUGACCAUAGACUGGAAUGCAGUUGAUGGCUGGCAGGCUCCGCUUAUCAAGCCUUUUAGAAACCUGUCACUUCACCCAUCCAGUUCGUCACUACACUACGGUGUACAGCUCAUUAAAGGGUUGAAGGCGUGUCGUGGGGAUGAUGGCCGACCUCUCUUCAGACCGAUGCUCAACAUGAACCGAAUGUCCAACUCUGUUAAGAGGGCUUGUCUACCUGCCUUUGAUCAGUCAGAGUUGCUGGAGUGUAUCAGGCAACUCGUAGAGGUUGACCAGGACUGGGUUUCUCACUCAGACUCAGCAAAUCUGUACAUCAGACCAAAAUUUAUUGCCAUUGAGCCCACUCUGGGUUUGAAGAAGCCUACCUAUGCCUUGCUGUAUGUGAUCUUGUGUCAAGUGGGCCCUUACUUCAACAAUCAGAGACUGUCCAUGUGGGCCGACCUGAAGUACACACGGGCCUGGAAAGGAGGAACUGGAGACUGCAAGAUGGGAGGGUGCGUAGUCAAACACUGUAUGCAUUUUUAUAAGCUGUACCAGAUAAGUGAGGCAGGAACCAUGAAUAUCUUCCUGCACUGGAUCAAUGAGGAUGGAGAAGAGGAACUUGCAACUCCACCUCUGGAUGGUAUCAUACUACCCGGUGUAACCAUUCUGUCUAUCUCUCUCUGUUCACUUCAAUAUAAGGCAAAGCCUAAUAUAUGA